AUGACAUCCAAAUCCACCCCUCCAGACUUCCACUUCAACUUCACAACCGUGACCGGUUAUUUCCUCCAAGAUGACCCAAGCACCGACCCCGACAACUUCGACUACGUCACAUCCAAUUUCGGACUCAUACCUCGGAGCUACGACUCCGACCCUGAGUUCGACCCCGAGGGCCGCAAGACCCAGUGGGAGCGGUUCGAGUACCAACUCAACCAGCUAAACCGGGACAGCAGUCCCGCGACGCAGUUCAAGCUGCUCUUCCUGGGUAGACAUGGCGAAGGGUUGCAUAAUGUCGCCGAGAGGAGAUACGGUACUGAGCUUUGGGAU